AUUAUUAAUAGAGCUUUACUGUGGACCUAUAUGUUGGAUUAAUAUUCAUUUCCGAGCAGUUUUGAGAACCCUCUUAUUUGCUGUUUAACAGGCUUAACUCAACAUGGUUGCAACCGAAUUUCUUGGUUAUAUUCAAUCCUUUUCUGUUUGUAAUUAUGUUGGAUUUGAAGAUUUAGCUGAUCGUGCUAAUUUUCAAUGGAAUGUUAUCAUACUACUUUUAUGUAUGAUAUUAGUAACAUUGAGACAGUAUUUUAUGACUCCACUGGUGUGUUAUAUACCAACAACAGUGAGUGGAGUGAAUGCUGAUUCGUAUAUCACUAAUCUAUGCUGGAUUGAAGGCACAUUCCCGAUAAAUCUUACCUCUGGAAUUGUACCGCAUAAAUUACAAGAAUGGGAGGCGCUUAGACCACAACAAAUGAAUUAUUAUCAAUGGGUACCAUUAGUGCUUGGUUUACAGGCUAUUCUGUAUUAUAUCCCACGAAUUAUAUGGAGUAUAUUCACUUACAAUCGUACAGGAACUGAUCUACAAAAUCUUAUACGUCAAGCUAAUUUACUAUCAAAAGAAGAUGGUGAAAAACGUCAGAAAAUGGUUCAACAUAUUGCUAAAACACUAGAAUUAUUACUAUUCAGUCGUCGUGAAUACCGUAGUGGUGAUAGCCCGGGGGCAUCAUUUCGACGUUCACUGGCAUUUAUGCCGGGUAAACAUCAUGGGAAUAAUUUAGUUUAUAUGUAUUUAGCUGUUAAACUGUUGUAUUCCAUUGUUGGCUUUUGUCAAUUGUACAUGAUGUAUGUCUUCCUUCGAUUCGAUUCACGUGAAGGUUAUUGGCUAUUCGGUUUUCGUGUUCUCUCUGAUAUUAUACAAGGGAAACAAUGGACAGAGACACAAGUCUUUCCUAGAGUCGGAAUGUGUCGACAUACACUUCAACAUGUCGGGGCUAGUAACAAUCUAUUUGCCCAGUGUGUUCUCCCAAUCAAUAUGCUGAAUGAAAAGAUCUACAUCUUUCUAUUCUUCUUUCUUGGUUCAGUUAUGGUGUUAACAAUGCUUAGCAUACCGCUGUGGUUGUAUCGUAUGGGAUUGAAAAAGCGUCAACGACAUUUUGUACGUAGAUUUUUAAAAAUAGCCGAUGCUUACGAUCGUGAUGAUCCAAAAAUAUCUCUACUCAUAGAUCGUUUUAUGGCUGAAUUUCUACGACAAGAUGGACAUUUUAUUCUACGUAUGUUGUCAAUGAAUGCUGGAGAUCUAGUGACUGUAGAGAUUGUGUGUAAUUUAUUUGCUGAUUAUAAAAAGCGUUUUGCUGGCAUCGAUUUUCGUGGUCCACCGAUUAUUCCAAAAUCGCGUAAAUAUCAUGAUUAUGAUGGUUAUUUAUCUCAUCGUCCAAUGGAUAUACCAAAUGAUUUGCCAAAAUCAAGUAAUAAUAAUCUUAUUAAUAAUAAUAAUAAUGCUAAUCUGGAUAGAAAUCAUCCUGGAUUUAUGAGUUUACAACUAGAAGAAGGCGGUAUAGCUAAUCUACGUCAACGGCCAAUUCCAUCAGCUCCAAUGGGAGCACUUGAACAUGCUAUUCCCCCAGCUUACCAGUAUCCAACAAAUAUGAAAGGCGCGGAAAUCUAUCCACUUAGUGUUGUGCGGAAUAUGCCAAGAGACGGUGCUGUUGAACAACCAGGUAGUAAUAACAAUGUCACCAAUGCAUCAUCUAAACGACUCGAUGAUCAAAUAGUUAUGAAUAAUGAUAAAGAAUUGGGCAGAAAAAUGUCUCAUUAUGCUCCAAGUGAAGUGUAGUGUGGAUGUUGAAGUGUUUUACAAAAGGUUACAAAAAUCACUCUGUGUGUGUGUGUAAAGUUACCUAAUUUUUAUUUUCUCCCCCCCCCCCUCCGAACCCUCGUUCGAAUUCUCCCACCUCCGCACAAUGCUCAUUCAAUGUUUAUAUAUAUAUGUGUGUUAUUUAGGCCCCUUUUUGUGUCCUAAUUUGUUAUUUUAUCUUUCAAAAACUCCAAAAAAACAAACAACCAACAAUUAUCGAUCUCUGUAUGUGUUAAGGUUUUUUGUCUUUAUCAAUGUACUCACUCGUUUUUUGUUUAUCUAUCUAUCUAUGGGAUAUAUAUGUAUGUAAUGUUGUGUGUUUUCUAUAAAAAUUAAAGGGGUGGGAAAAAGGGGAAAGCAAGAGGGGAGAAUAAUGGUGUAGAAGGGGGGGGGGAAGCGUUAUACUCCUCCUGUAUUGUCAUUCAUUAUAUAUAUCGUCAUUUACUCAAUUAUGUGACUACUGCUACUACAUGACUUUUAUUCAAUCAUCUAAUGUUGUGAGAAUCCUCUUCUACUGCAGUUUUGUACAAUCACUCCCUUCUCCACUUAUGUAUGAUGGAUUAUGAACUAUGUAUGAUUAUGUAAUACGCACUUUUCUCUCCUACGUUUUGGUUUAACAUAUAUCCAUUAGAAUGUGGAUUAGUGAUUUACUGUCUCACUCUCUCUCUCUCCUUCGAUCUCUGCGCGUGUGUUCAGUAACAAACAUUGGUACAAAAUUUCCACUGAUCGAUCAAAUAAUAAUAAUAAUAAUGACAACAGCAGCAAUAUUGAUAUGAUGAUUAACCUUUUUGGGCAGUAAAUAUCUUGUGCACAUAUGUGGAUGUGCAUGUAUGUGCGUUUUUUGAGAUGGAGAAGGUGUUAAAUAACUUUAACUCUACUCAAUAUUCAAC